CUGGCGGCGCAGAGUUGACUUUACUCUGGCGCGACGGGCUCCGUUGAAGGCCCCCACGAGCCAGGGGAAGCUCUGGGGGUAACCAGGAAGGGCUCUUGGUGCCGUUGGCGCUGCGGUCUUCGGGAGUCCCCCUACCUGAGGCUGUGCCCCCUUCGCCCGGCUCCCGGUGCUCGCCGGCCGCCGGCCCGCUCCCGGAAGCGGUGGCAGCUGGUAACAAAGAGCUGCCAGGCCGCUGCUGCCCGGGCUACGGGACCCAGGAGUCCGGCGGAGCUUCUGGGAGUGAGCGCGAGGCGGGCCAUGAGACUAGGUUCGCGGCGGUGAGGGGCGGCCGGCGGCGGCCGAGGUGCAAGUGCGGGCCGAGAAGCCGGUGCUUCCCUCCUCGCCUCCUGCGGGAUUCGGGGCGCGGGUGCCUCUGCUCUCCGGGCCGCUCCACUCGGGAAGGCGGCUUCCGGACCUUCCUCCGGCGGCGCCUGCCUUUGAGCUGCGGGGACCGACGCUCUGCCUCCGGCUACCGAACCUCGGGUUUCUCUUCUCCGAGGGGGUCCUGAAGCUUUGUGUAAAGAAGCUGGGGAAGCCUGACGGGUUUUGUUUUUAAUAAAAAGUUUUUAUAAGUCUCCAUUUUUAGAAAUUUUUGCAGUUUGAAGUACUCUACCUCUUUGCAUCCUUUCUCCUGCUCCUUGAGUCUUUUUUCUACUCAGCUGUAAACGUUUUUAUUAUCGGAGCGGACCAGGGAUGAACGUUUUGUAAUUGAAACUGUAACUCUUCUCGUCGAGAUAGUAGUCAAGAUGGACAAGAAGUCCUUUGAAACGGUGCUGGAUGAAAUUAGAAAGGCUGUUUUGACAGAGUACAAAUUAAAAGCAAUUGAAUAUGUGCACGGAUAUUUCUCCAGUGAACAGGUGGUUGAUUUACUGAGAUAUUUCUCCUGGGCUGAGCCUCAGUUGAAGGCAAUGAAAGCAUUACAGCAUAAAAUGGUGGCUGUUCACCCAGCAGAAGUGGUCAAUAUACUCAACUGUUUCACCUUCAGUAAAGACAAACUAGUUGCUCUUGAACUGUUAGCUUCAAACAUUGUUGAUGCACAGAAUUCUCGUCCCAUUGAAGAUCUGUUCAGGAUAAAUAUGUCUGAGAAGAAACGGUGCAAGAGAGUGCUUGAACAGGCUUUCAAGGCGGGCUGCAAAGCUCCUCAUGCUAUGAUAUCUUCUUGUGGAACAAUCCCAGGAAAUCCAUAUCCCAAAGGAAAACCUAGUCGCAUAAAUGGAAUUUUCCCAGGAACCCCUUUGAAGAAAGAUGGUGAAGAGUGUACCAACGAAGGCAAAGGAAUAGCUGCACGGAUUCUCGGACCAUCCAAACCACCUCCUUCAACAUACAAUCCACAUAAACCCGUUCCUUAUCCGAUACCUCCAUGCCGGCCACAUGCAACUAUUGCACCAAGUGCUUAUAACAAUGCAGGUCUGGUACCAUUAGCCAAUGUCAUAGCUCCAGGUGUGCCCCCACCACCUCCAUAUACUCCUAAUCCAGUAGCAGCAGAGAAUGAAGACCUUUCCAAUCAGUCAAAACCUACACAGAAUCCAGCGUUUUCUGCCCCCGCGAGUCAGCUCUUUUCUCCUCGUGGGUCUAACCCUUCGACACCUGCGGCAACUCCUGUUCCUGCUGCUUCCCCGGUCAAGGCGGGAACUCAUCCGCCGGCACCGGCCACUGCCGCCCUCUCUGGGAUGAACCUGCUCAACGCUGUCCUCCCUGUGCUCCCGGGGCAGGUCUCAGCUGUUCAUGCACCUCAGCCAACGACGCCCAGUCCAACAGUUAUCAGAACCCUUUCCUUGCUGGCUGCACCGGUGACUUCUGUUCACAGCACCACAUCUGCUCCCGUUCCUUCCGUUUUUUCUGGCCACGUUCCACUGCCAGGUCCUUCUGCCACCCCUGCGCCAGCCCCUCAGGCCGCAUCUACACCUCGGGCCACCCCUGCUUCCAGCGAAACGUUUGCUUCUACUUCGGCCCCUUUCACCAGCCUCCCCUUUGCCGCCGCCUCUACUGCCGCUUCUGCCAACAACCUCGAUUCCUCCUCCCUGGCGUCGGUGUUUGCCGGUCUCCCCUUGACCUUAACACCGACCUCCCAAGGUGUGUCCAACCCGACUCCUUCUGUAAUCGCCUGCGGUCCUGCUCCCACUGUUGCCUGUCCACUGGGUGUAAAUAAUCCCCUUCUGUCUGCUCUAAAAGGCUUUCUGACAUCAAACGAUACCAACCUGAUCAACUCUUCCACGUUACCCUGCGCCGUUACUAGUGGGCUGGCUUCCCUCGCCUCCCUCACUAACCAGAGCUCCGACCCUGCGGCGCCCGCCCCUAACAAGUGCUACGGCCCGCAGCGGGCCUCCACGCCCGGACUGGCCCUGUUCCCGGGCCUGCCCUCGCCGGCCGCCAACGCGGCUUCCACGCCCCCGGCUCUGCCUGCACCCGCCGCCGCCGCCGCCGCCCCGGGGCCCGCCGGCUGCGGCUCCUCGGCCGCCCUGCUGCACGGCCCGCUCGCGAGUCACGCAGACGCGCCCGGUUCGUCGACGCCCGCCGCCACCAGCCUGCCCGUGGUGAUCAAGACCGAGCCCGCGAGCCCCACUCCUUCCGCCUUCAGGGGCCCGGCGCCCCCGCCAACCCCCGCCCCCGCUCCGGGCGCGCUGGGCCUGCCUGGGGCGCUGGGGCGGGCGUACACGGCGGCCUCGGUGCCCGUCAGUUUACCGUCCUGCCUCGCCCCCGCGCUUCCGGGCCUCCCGGGCCUGAGUGCGCCCCCGAGCGGCUCGAGCCCCCUGCCCUCCCUCCCGCUGCCUGCGCACGGCUCCUCCGCGCCCAUCGCCCCUGUCUUCAGCGCCCUGCCUCCUUUCACUUCGCUGAGCAGCGGCUUCGCCCAGGCUGCCCACCCGCCCCUCGGCGCCCCCGCCUCGUCCGCCCCUACCUGCGCCCCCGGCCCCUCGGCGCCCGCUUCGGCGGCGGCCUUCCCGCUCAGCCUGCCCGCCGCUGUGCCCUCGCUCUUCUCCGUGGCGCAGGGACCUCUGCCGGCCUCGGCUCCCUCCUACCCCGGCUUCUCCGUCUCCGGCGCGCCCCCCGCGCUGCCCUCGUUCCCGGGGCUGCAGCCGCCCGCCACCGGCGCCGCCACCGCCCCGUCGCCCGCUCCCGUCCUCCCCGGGUUCGCCUCCGCCUUUAGUUCCAGUUUCAACUCCGCUCUGGUUGCGCAAGCCGGCUUAUCAUCUGGACUUCAAGCUGCAGGCAGUUCUGUUUUUCCAGGCCUCUUGUCCCUCCCCGGUAUCCCCGGGUUUUCCCAGAAUCCUUCACAAUCAUCCUUGCAGGAAUUACAGCAUAAUGCAGCCGCACAGUCAGCAUUGUUACAGCAGGUGCACUCAGCUGCAGCUCUGGAAAGCUACCCAGCUCAGCCGGACGGGUUUCCCAGCUAUCCUUCAACACCAGGAACACCGUUUUCUUUGCAGCCAGGCCUGUCCCAGAGUGGGUGGCAGUGAAUACAUUUAAAUGCAUAUUCUCCUCCAGAGCAACAUCAGAAUCGCCUGAGGACUGCAGUGAACAACCUGACAAAUGUGCAGUUGGCCAAAAGUCAGGAAAUGAGGAUGAGGAUAAUCCUGGGGAAAUUGGGAAAAGAGCUUAAAAAGCGUGGUUGCAUUUUUUAAAAAUGGUUUUAAGUAUGAACAUUCCCCUAUGUAAAUAUGCUGACAAUAAAUUGUAUGGAGAAUAGUAUUUUAAAAAGUAUUUGGGGACUUUUCACCUCCCACCCUAUGAAAUUUUGAAUCGUGUAUAUGAUCUAUAUAAGAAGAAUACUAAAGAGGAGGUUGAACUCUUUAUAGCCGAAUACAGCCUUAAAUCUACUUGUACAGCAUCCACUGACAGAAGUAAUAGUCGUGCCUCAGACUUAGGGGCUGCAUGUGGCCUUGGGGGAGUUGCUGCCCUUGGUAUGCAAGAGUGCUUCCUGUUAGCAUCGCUGGAACUCAGUACCCGUGCUCCAUGUGUAUCCACAAAAGGGAACUUGAGACCCACCGUUAUUUUUAACUUUUGACGUUAAUGAUCAUACAUGUACUGCUGAAUUUAACUCAGUGUAUUUCAGGUAAGUGAAAAUGGUGCUUAAUAGAGUCUUUAGAAUGACUUUCAGGUGUUUUCAACUAAAAACAUAUAUAUCCAGAACUACUUUCUUACAGAAAUACAAGUAAGGCUUGUGAUAAUUUGCCUUCAAAACUUAUUUCUUAAUCUCAGCAGUAUCCAAAUGAGUGAGGACCAUUUGACUGACCCUCGGGCCACCUCUAUUACUCAUUGUACUCUGGAAGCUCUUGGUGAAUGUUUACAAUCAUGGGAUGUAGUAUUUCUAUUUGUACUUAGAAUCACAUGCCUACCUAGAAUAAUUAUGUGACAACAGAUAGAAAGACUUGCUCUGUUAGUAAAUAUGCAGUGUGUACUCUAUUUAAGGUUCUGUGCUAGUAUAACACGAUUGAAUGUCAUUAAGUAUAAUAACUGCCACAUUUGGGGGACAGGGCAGUAGGGAGAAUGAGUUCCAAUCCUGUGAUUAAAAGUAUAAACCAUAGAAUCUACUGUAGUACAUUUCAUCAUCUAGAAGUUUUACUUUUAUAAAGAUGGUGUCUAGAAGAUGUUGCUAAUGUAUUUUCCUUCAACCUGGGGAAAAAACUUUUUAAGUAUAUUAAUAUUCCUGUAUGGUUAGUUUUUAACAAUUUUUUAAAAUAAACCUUAUGGAUUCGA